AAUUUAUUUGACUGCAUGAAGUUUGUAGGGAGUAUUGACAAAGUCUACCUUGCAGGUAUCAUCUAUGAUGUGAUCGUGGAACCACCAAGUGUGGGAAGCACAACAGAUGAGUUUGGUCACAGUAAACCAGUUGCCUUCAUGCCAUACCGUGUAAAUGGUCAGUACAUCAUGGAGGGUCUGGCAUCAAGUUUUCUAUUCUCCAUGGGUGGUCUGGGCUUCAUUAUCUUGGAUAAAUCCAAUGCUGUUGGCAUGUCUAAACUGAACAGAUUCCUCUUGCUAUUCCUGGGUUUUGUGUGCGUCCUAGUCUCUUUCUUCACAUGCAGGGUGUUCAUGAGGAUGAAACUGCCGUAAGUAUUGCAUCGUUGUAGUUUUGACA